UCUGCGAUAACACGCAGUUCGAAAAUUUCAUAAAAAAAAAGAAUCAGAAAGUGAAUAAUAUAAUAUUACUGCUCGCGCGUGUACUACUGUGCUUUUACAGAAAACUAAAAAAAAACCCAAGCCUCAAAAAAUAACGACAGUUGCAUAAAUUGCAAAUUGUUUAAAAUACAUUUUGAGUAUCUUCACUGCGUUGUGCAAUUUUUGUGGAUUCUCCACAACCAUUUAAGGAGCUAUUUCUCAGCGAAUUGCCUUUUGAUAGCGAACAAAAAGGAAACUAACCAACAACUGGACAACUCAAACUAGUAAGCGUUCGCUAAGCAGCAGCAUUCACCAUGUCCGCCAGCACAUCAGCCUGUGAUUGUUUGGUAGGCGUACCCACCGGCCCCACCCUCGCCUCCACCUGUGGUGGUAGCGCGUUUAUGCUAUUCAUGGGCCUGCUUGAAGUAUUCAUACGUUCCCAAUGCGAUCUGGAAGAUCCCUGCGGACGUGCCAGCUCACGUUUUCGCUCGGAGCCGGACUACGAAUACGAUUUCAUUGUAGUUGGUGGCGGAUCAGCGGGCGCUGUGGUCGCUUCACGAUUAUCAGAGGUACCGCAAUGGAAAGUACUGCUCAUUGAAGCCGGUGGCGAUGAGCCUGUUGGCGCGCAGAUACCAUCCAUGUUUUUAAACUUUAUUGGCAGUGAUAUCGACUAUCGUUACAAUACUGAGCCAGAGCCCAUGGCCUGUCUAUCCUCGAUGGAGCAGCGAUGCUAUUGGCCCCGCGGUAAAGUGCUUGGUGGCACAUCGGUGAUGAAUGGCAUGAUGUACAUACGCGGCAAUCGCGAAGAUUACGAUAAUUGGGCAGCUAAUGGAAAUCCAGGAUGGUCGUACAACGACGUGCUGCCGUUCUUCAAGAAAUCGGAGGAUAAUCUGGAGCUGGACGCUGUGGGCUCAGAAUAUCAUGCCAAGGGUGGACUGAUGCCAGUGGGAAAAUUCCCUUAUAAUCCACCUUUAUCAUAUGCCAUACUGAAGGCUGGUGAGGAGCUGGGCUAUUCGGUGCAGGAUCUCAAUGGACAGAACUCCACGGGCUUUAUGAUCGCUCAAAUGACGGCAAGGAAUGGAAUUCGCUACAGCUCGGCACGAGCCUUCCUGCGUCCAGCGCGCAUGCGCAAUAAUUUGCAUAUACUUCUAAACACGACAGUGACCAAGGUGCUAAUACAUCCCCAUACGAAGAACGUGCUGGGCGUGGAGGUAAGCGACCAGUUUGGUAGCACACGCAAGAUAAUGGUCAAGAAAGAGGUGGUGCUGAGUGCAGGUGCCGUCAAUUCGCCACAGUUGCUGCUGCUCAGCGGAGUGGGUCCCAAGGAGGAGCUGAAGCAAGUGAAUGUGCGCUCCGUGCAUCAUUUGCCCGGCGUGGGCAAGAAUCUACACAACCAUGUGGCCUUCUUUACCAACUUCUUCAUAGACGAUGCGGACACAGCUCCGCUUAAUUGGGCCACCGCUAUGGAGUAUUUGCUGUUCCGUGAUGGUCUCAUGUCUGGCACUGGAAUCUCGGAUGUCACAGCCAAGAUAUCAUCACGCUGGGCACAGCGACCAGAUCUGCCUGAUUUGCAGCUCUACUUUGGCGGCUACUUGGCCAGCUGUGCACGCACUGGACAAGUCGGCGAGCUCUUGUCGAACAAUUCUCGCUCAAUACAAAUCUUUCCCGCUGUGCUUAAUCCCAGAUCACGGGGCUCCAUUACGCUGCGUUCAGCCGAUCCGCUUGAUCCGCCACGCAUAUUCGCCAACUAUCUAACGGAUGAGCACGAUGUCAAGACUUUGGUAGAUGGUAUUAAAUUUGCCAUUCGACUAUCGCAGACCUCACCGCUAAAGCAGUAUGGCAUGCGCCUGGACAAGACCGUGGUCAAGGGCUGUGAGUCGCAUACGUUUGGCAGCGAUACCUACUGGGAGUGUGCCGUGCGCCAGAAUACCGGACCGGAAAAUCAUCAGGCUGGCUCAUGUAAAAUGGGUCCGCUGCAGGAUCCCAUGGCGGUGGUUAAUCACGAACUGCGAGUCCAUGGCCUGCGGGGAUUGCGUGUUAUGGACACAAGCAUUAUGCCCAGGGUAACGUCAGGCAACACACAUGCGCCAGCUGUCAUGAUUGCGGAGAAAGGCGCGUAUCUGUUGAAGCGUGCCUGGGGCGCCAAGGUCUGACGUGUGGAUGCAACGUGGACGCUGCAUAGAGUAAUUUAAAAUUUAACAAAAACAAAAAAGAAAGAUAAGAAAAAACUACCAAGCAAGUAAAAUUGGGUAAACUAUCUUUACUAUUUUCUAUUUAAAACCUGUAUUAUAAUUUUCACUCUAAGCACUGACCUCGUUGCGCGAUCUGUUCUACUCCCUCGAGACUCAUUAAUUCAACUUGUAUUCUAUUUAAGCCAAUAUUUUUGUAAACGCUUUUUUACACAACAGCCCACAAAGCAAUAACAACUUAAUUUGCUUAGAUUUCGAUUAAUGGUCAUUUAAAUAUCUCUUAUUU